AUGAAAUUUCCAAUAGAGAAUCACAGAAAGCAGGUAAACUGGGACCCUGAACAAGUGGUGGUUCAGACGAAUAUGGCCCCUCCAAAAAAGCCACAGGUUGGCGUGGCACAGUCGUCCUUGGUUCAAGCCAGUGUGGCCACCAUGCAGAACCCAAUGGGUUGUGAACUAAAGGCAAAUGAUUACUGCCCACUGCCAAGGCUCUCCAUCUCCUCCCGUUCGGCGAGUAUAGUGGCCAGCAUGGACGCUGUAGCUGAAGGCUCAACCCUCCACUCAGUGAUGAAGUGGAAGACAGUACUGGCUGUGUUCGUCGUUGUGGUGCUCUACCUGGUGGGAGGUGGAUUAGUGUUUCAGGCACUAGAACAGCACUUUGAGAGUGAUAAGAAAAACACCAUUACACAGGAGAAAGCACUGUUCCUCCAGAGGAACCCAUGUGUGUCCUCUGCUGAACUUGAAGCCCUAAUCAAGCAUGCAGUAGAUGCUGUCAGUGCUGGUGUGAGUCCUAUUGGAGACACAUCCUAUAACUCCAGCCAUUGGGACCUGGGCAGUGCCUUCUUCUUCGCUGGGACAGUCAUCACUACCAUAGGCUACGGAAACAUUGCUCCCAGCACUGAGGGUGGAAAGAUUUUCUGCAUCCUAUAUGCCAUAUUUGGAAUUCCUUUGUUCGGGUUUUUGCUGGCUGGAAUUGGUGAUCAACUGGGAACCAUGUUUGUUAAAAGCAUUUUAAAGGUGGAGAGAAUUUUCAAGCAAAAACACAGACAGAUUAGUCAGACCAAAAUUCGUGUCACCUCCACCAUUCUCUUUAUUCUGGCAGGGUGCAUAAUUUUUGUCACCCUCCCAGCUGUCAUAUUUAAACACAUAGAGGGCUGGACCACACUGGAGGCCAUCUACUUUGUUGUUAUUACUUUAACAACUGUUGGUAUUGGGGAUUACGUAGCAGGUGGAGACAGAAGAAUUGAAUACAUGAAGUGGUAUAAGCCAUUAGUUUGGUUCUGGAUCUUAGUGGGCUUGGCGUAUUUUGCUGCAGUUCUGAGCAUGAUUGGAGACUGGCUAAGAGUCCUUUCAAAAAAGACAAAAGAGGAGGUGGGGGAGUUUAAGGCUCAUGCUGCUGAAUGGAAGGCUAGCGUACGUGCUGAGUUCCGGGAGACACGCCGGCGCCUUAGUGGAGAGCUCCAUGACAGGCUUCAGCGUGCUGCCACCAUCCGGAGCAUGGAACGAAGGCGUCUAGGACUGGAACAGCGAGCACAAUCCCUUGACAUGCUUUCACCCGAGAAAAGAGCAAUGUUCUCCAGCUUUGAUCGGGGCCGGUUCACCGCGUCCUCACAGGAGAGCAUCGACACCAAGAUAAACACCCUCCGAAUGAAGGCUGAGCAAUAUGACAAGCACUACGACAAGCACCUCAACAAACACACAUCCUCAGAGGAAAACAUAUUUAACCGCUUUGGCUCGCUCACCAAGCUGGCCAAGCGUAACAGAAACAAAGACAUGCGGCCAAAUAUUACAGACGACGCACUGCGAAUCAAUAAUGACAGCAGCAACACCAUGUUGGCUGAGGAUAGACGGGAAGCUCACGAAGAGGAUGAGCAGGAAGAGAAUAUAAUACAAAAAGAGAACAACACCACAUUAAGUAGCCCAUCUGCUGAGCAGAACAAGCAGAAUGGUUUUGUGCCUGUACACACCAAAGAAGGAGCAACAGAGAAAAUGCUGCUAGAGAGAGAACACCAGCCAUAGAUGAGACUAUGAUAAAGAGGCGAGCAAUUCAUGUUACCGCAGAAUGUGCCUUUCUGUUUUGUACAUUAUUGCUUGACGCAUAAACAUAUGACUUGAGCUGGUCCUAAACAUCUUGGUUGCCAAAAAUGUCAGCUCUUAGGAAGCUAUCAGGGUUAAACGAUUAUGGGAAUCUCCCAAAAUAUCAGAGGUUGGAGGUUGGAGAGAAACUGCUGCUGUGCCAUCCAGUUACUAUUCCUAACUGUAUCUUGGUUUCAAUAUUACAGACUACAUGUUUAAUUUCAUCGUGUUGAAGGAAGAAAAACUGGUUCAACUCCUUGUCUUUAUUAUCA